AUGGCGGGGGCGGCGCCGCUAGCGGGGGCCGGCCCGCCGGGCGCGGCGUUGCCUCAUACCGCAUCGCGCAUGGCGACCUACUCGCGCGGCCCGGGCCGCCCGGCCGCCGCGCGGGGUGGGCGCGCCGCCAUGUCGCUCGCUCGCCGCUCGACUGGUCCCCCCGGCCCCGGGUGCGCAUCGAUCGCCCCGCGCCCCGCACCGGCCGCUGCGCGCGCUGUCAGGCCCCGACCGCCAUUAUGUAACGCUGCGCGCGCAGCGCCGGCCCCGCCCGCCACCCGCUGCCGCGCCCGCCCUCUUGCGGAGAGCCUACACGCCGCCCGCCGCCCGCCCUACGAUAACUAA